GGUUGAUAUGAAAACGGAAUGUAUAAAACUGAACUUUCUCACAUCGAUGACUGCGUGAAACUGUGUGGAGCUAAUUGCAAGAAAUCUCUAAAGCGUGACAACAAAGGUAUUACAGGAACAUUGGUUGGGAUGUGGAGAUGGCCAAUGUAACAGAUGGUUUUGAAUACUAUUACGACUAUGUGGAUUUUGUAAGCUUUGAUGAAAGCAAGCUAAAAGCAAACAAAUGUAAGUACAAAACUCUCCUUUUUUCCUUUACAUUUCAGAAAGUUCUCAAUGAAUCAGGUUAAUAAAAUACCAAGUUUGUAUUGUGUGUUUUUACGGGACAUGAAGAGAUAUUCUGGGGAAAAAAAGAUCUAGACGUAACAUAUAGCUUUGGACGCCAAAGAAUGUUUGCGUUGAUCUCUCCACUUGUAGAAUUUUGCUUCGGAAUUGCUUUUACUAUUUAUAAAAUGCCAUUUCUGCAGCAUUUUAGGAUUUACAUUAACUCCCUAUCACAUAAAGAAAAAAUAACAUACUAGAAUAGUGACAUCUAUUAUAUGGUUGAGAUGGAUCGCAGUAAGGUCUAGGUUUUAAUCUCAGAUGUAAACAGAGAGAAGUGGGAUUGACUUGACUAUAUCUCAGUUAUAGAUGUAAAAUAAAUUAAAUUUGUAUCUUGUAAUACCUUUUUUAUUGGACUAACAGAAUUUUGUAAUGACAAGCUUUCGGGAGAACCUCCCUUUCUCAAGUCUGAAGCAUUUCUGAGCAAGACGACACAUAGAAUUCAAAGUUGAGUCAUGAUACAGGAGUUAGAGCGAUAUGAGUGCAGAUAAAGCACAAGUUUGAUAGAAAAUAGACACCAUUCUCACAGACUGAUCUUCACACAAGAUAUUUACCAAUCUCUGAGAGAAUGGUGUCUAUUUUCUAUCAAUCCUGUGUCUUAUCUGCACUGAUGUCGCUUUAACCCCUGUAUCACAACUCAACUUUGAAUUCUAUGUGUCGUCUUGCUCAGAAAUGCUUUAGACUUGAGAAAGGGAGGUUCUACCAAAAGCUUGUCAUUAAAAAAUUCUGUUAGUCCAAUAAAAAAGGUAUUAAAAGAUCCAAAUUUUAUCUGUGUUUUACAUCUACAUCAAUGGACUAAUACGUCUACAAUCUCUACUUUUUAGUUAUAGAAAUAGUAUGAUGACAGGCAGACCUCCCAUAAUAUAUUAUAGAUAUUUUAAUAACUUCUGUGUGAUCUUAGAAAGAAAGAAUUUCUUGGAAAGAAAUAAAGUGAUUUUUCUGCAAUCAGAUUUAGGAGCUCAGGCUCCAACACAUAGAUUUACAGACUAGAUCUGAGCUUCUCAAUGUAUGUUCUAAUAUACCCAAAGAGUUCAUUUCUGUUUAUCUCUUGCAAAAACGGAUGCAUUAAUCACUAGAUAACAAAGAGAAGCCUUAUGGCAAUGAACAAGGGGCUGUAAACAAUUGCUUAAAAGCCUUAUGGCAGUGGUGCCCAAUGGGUAAAUCCUCAGAUGUUGUAAGACUACAACUCCCAUGAUGUUUUGCAUGCCUUUAGAAUACAUUUAGAAUGCAAAGCAUCAUAGAAGUUGUAGUUUUAAAAACAGCUGGGGGUCUACAUGUUGGGCAACCCUGCUUUAUGGCAAUGAACAAGGGACUGUCAACAACUGCCCAAAUAAAUAAAAACAAAAAACGAUAUUUAGUAGAUAUAACCCCAGUGAAAACAUGUAUGCCUUUAAUUAUGCAUGUUCUCAUUGCGGUAUAACUACAACAGACAUCCUAGUGCUUCCUUAAUGAGAGGUCUAUGCAAGGUUUGAGUGAUCGCCUGCCACACUGUGCAGCACUGCCCCAUGAAGCACCUCUAGUAGCCAUCUGAGGAGUUGCCAGUGAAGUUAUCACUAGGCUGUAAUGUAAACACUGCAUUUUCUCUGAAAAGGCCGUAUUUACUGCAAAAAGCUAAUGAUUCUACUCACCAGAACAAAUUCAAUAAACUGUAGUUGUUCUGGUGACUAUAGUGUCCCGUUAAGGUUAAAUCUCACUACACCUGUUGUUGUGUCUGAUCUCAUGUUAUUAAUGUCAACCUGUCACAGAUUUGUUUUUAAUUUGCAGAUUCGAUUGUCAUUGCUUUUUGGGUCGGCCUUGCACUUUUUGUGGUAUUUUUAUUCCUUACUUUACUCUACAUAUCGAGAACGUUCUCAACACGAACACAGUAAGUUAUUUUUAGUCCUUAAUCCCAAAAAGUUAAUACAUGAUCAAAAAUACUGGAGUUUGUAUUUUUUGUAGGAAUGCAUUAUUGUACUUCAAAGAGGGGCUAAAAGUCUAAAGUGUAGACUUUUUUUAUUUAAAGUAUUAUUAAAGGACCACUAUAGUCACCCAGACCACUUCAGCUCAAUGAAGUGGUCCGGGUGCCAGGUCCCCCAGGUUUUAACCCUUCAGCUGAAAACAAAGCAGUUUCAGAGAAACUGAUAUGUUUCACUGAGGGUUAAUCCAGCCUCUAGUGCAGUGGUAGUCAACCUUUUUCUACCUACCGCCCACUAAUGCAUCUUUUUGGUUGAAAAAAUGUCCUUACCGCCCACCAGUUUUCGCGCAAGUGCGGAAUAUUUUAUAGAAAGGAGGGUGUUUUUAAAAAAAAAAAAAAAAUGUACGUACAUUUAUCUUUUUAUUUCUACUUAAUGCAUGUUUAUAAUGUUUUUAACUUUAUAAAGUUUAAUUAGAAAACAAUAAAAUAAAUUGAAAUGACCUUUACUAGUGAUUAAUGAGAUCCUUGAGGUUGAUGCUGCAAGACUAAAUAUUUGAUAUCUGGUUCGAUUUUCGUAAGGAACAAACAAAGGUCUCCUCUUUCGGUGAUAUUCAGACGACUUCUCUGUUUGCGCAUAAUAAGAUUUCUCAUCUGUGCGUCAGCUCCCCUCCUCUCCCUCCUUAAUUCCCCUCCCCACCUUUUUAAAAAUAAAUUUUAACCUUCCUUAUAGCAAUGCCCAGUAGGAAGGCUGAGCUAGGUAGCCCACUUACUAUAGCCCACUAUAACAUACAUACACACACAUACAGACUCAUACACACACAAACACAUAUUUAAGUCACCCUCCUGUUUCCUACCUUUAACUCCUUAAGGACCAAACUUCUGGAAUAAAAGGGAACCAUGACAUGUCACACAUGUCAUGUGUCCUUAAGGGGUUAAAGUGCAGGAGGGUGACUUUCCCUGGGGUCCAAUGGUGGCUCAGGUGUCCUGUUGGCGCCCGGUCGCGCUGUUAAAGUGCCCAGCGCUGACCGGGCCCCCUUACAAUCCACAUCCAUCGGGUGGCCCUGACAGCAUGGGCCACCCGAUGGACCCCUCCAUAUGCGGCCCUGGCGGUUUGCCACGCAGGCUGGGGCCACAAGUGGUGAUGGCGGUACCCGGUCGUAGGGGUACCGCCGGCUCGCACCCGCCCGCCCAAUCUGUCAAAAUUUGAAAAUCCCUACCGCCCACCUGGAAUCCUGAAACACCCACUAGUGGGCGGUAGGGACCAGGUUGACGACCCAUGCUCUAGUGGCUGUCUCACUGAUAUAUCUGUUGUCUGAAGAGUCAAGAUCCAGAAUUGUUUUCAUAUUUAUUUAAAGGAAAAAAAAAAAACCUUCCAGGGCAUUUAAUAAAAUGUUCAUUGACACAUGUACAUCGACACUAUCAUGUUAUGAAAUUAUAGAAUAUUCAAUAAAAGGUCUUAUCUCCCUGAAUUCUCUAAAUGUGUCUGUCAACUAAAUAACGAUUAGAAAGGCAAAACAUGGCAGUUGUAGUUUUAAAUAAUCUGUGGAUCUACCUUUUGGGUACCCCUAAACUAAAAGAAUCUGUAUCCAGCCACCGUAAGUACACUUGGCCUUUGAUGAGGCUCAUCAGCACAGAGCCGGCUUUGUCUGUAGAUCGAAAGCAUAAAGUUAUGGUAAAAGAAACAACUCAAAUAACUUGUAAGAACCAAUUAUAUGCCACAAAUGAGACAGCAAUCAGGCACUAAAAGGUCUAAAUUAGACACAUACAAACAGUCUUUAUAAUGGGUAAUUUAACUUCGUAUAGAUGGAAAACCCAAUCAAGUUUUCAAACAGACUGUAUUUAAUUACAUUUUUAUUGAGCACCUUUUUUGAAUGAACAUAUAAAAUCUGACCUCAGCAACGGAAAUGAUAUUCUAACACUGGAUGUUCUGUUUACUCUGUGUGUUCUAUUUCAGAAUCUUUGUUUAAAAUGCAUUAUCAUCAAUUAGGAUGUGUCCACAGCUCAUUUGGACAUUGACCUUAAAGGAAUCAAUGAAUACAAAUGUGCAUUUCUAAUGCUAUAGUGUCCUGUUGGCUGUUAAGGUGACCAGCUCCAACCUGCAGUAAAAAAAAAAAAGAAAGUCUAUUACUUACCUUUUCUUCCUCACAACGCUGUUCUCCAAAGCACCCACCUCCUUGGGUGAGAUCAUGGAGAAAGAUGAUCUCAGCUAAUCCAAUGCUCUUCCAUAAAUUUGCAUUGGAAGGCUUGUGUGCAUUCGCAAAUUUCAUGAUGAGAUCAUCUGAUAGGAAGCGUUACUUUGCUAUUCUCUUGGAAUCGCCUCUAGUGGCUGUCUACUUCAUUGACAUGUUGUUACGUCAACAGACAAACUGAAAACUAUAUUAUAAUGAAUUGAAUAACAACACAUGGGUAGAAUAAAAAGAUUUGUGUAAUCUGGGGAUCUGUUGCAGGCUCCUCCUACUCACCAUGAAGUGUCCAAUGACAGCUUUGAUGGGGAGGAGCCAGGCACGCGCCAUCAGUCUUUGGCAUUGCAGUAGCCAUGGACUAUGGAGUGCCCAAUCCGUAUCUUUUUGGCAGACAUUGUAUCAUUUCCUGUUAGUGGGUUGCUUAAGUUAGCUGUGCUGGGCUACAGGAGUGAGCUGUGAGAACAAUCUGUAUCUGUAAAAAAUGUAAUGGGAGCUGGGGUAAUAAAUAUAAACUAGAAAUAUGCGUGUGUGAGGGAGACCGCAGAUACAAAGUAGCCAUAUUGGAUAUUAUAUAUAUAUAUAUAGGAUUUAUUUUAUUUUUUACAAAAUGCCAUAAAUCUUUUUAUUAAAAAAAAAUGUAGUUAUUGCUGCUGCAUUUUAAUGGACAUUAGCAGAAAAAGUACUAAUCUGAACCUGGUAAAAUGACAAUCAGGUAUAGUCUGAUGGUCACAAAGGGCACCCAGACGUUAGGUUAUGUAACAGUUGUGGGAGGGGAGGGUCUAAAACAAAACAAACGAACUGUAAAAUGUGACAUACAUGUUUUAAUCAGGCAGUACAGGUACCCUCAAAGAAUAUGAGAAAACAGAAGCAAUCUACGUAGCCACAGUUCCAGAGUGAAAUGACAAUGGGAACAAUAUUCAGCAUUCCAGGUAAGAGGAUAAAAGAUGUGACAGUCAUUCGUCACAUCACGCACGACCAACC